AUGUCUUCUGCUCGCAAACCACUAAUCCCCAAGAUAGUCCUCACGCCAUCCACCCCCGACCCAGAAACCAGGCACGCGUGGUCCGACACUACUCACUGGGCCGACACCACGCUGCAGGACCGGGCCAUGGACGAGGACAUCCUCAUCUCGCGCGCCGGGUCCCGCAAGCCGACGUAUGCGGAUACGGCGCUGAGCAGAUUCCAGACUCUGCUCCUCGACGACAACAGCAACAACAACGCGGAAAGCAGCACCGCCAACAGACCACGGAGCAGAAAUACUUCUAGGAAGGAAGCAGGCUCCAAUGAGACACGGGGAAAAGAUCAGAUGAAUGGAAAGGAGAAGGGGAAGGAGAAGGGGAAGGAGAAGGAGAAGGGGAAGGAAGCGGGCUCCAAUGAGGCCAAGGGAAAGGAUAAGUCAAAGGGAAAGGAGAAGGGGAAGGGGAAGGGGAAGGAAGCGGCAAAGGUACACACCCUACCUCUAGGCCGCGCCGCCUCCCUCUUUGGCGCUACCACACACAAGCCAGGUACGAGCACGCAGAUGUCUGGUCUCAACGACGAGAACCACCAACACCGACGCCAACUGCCCAAGCAGCGUGAGAUGCCCAAAGACCUCUCAUACACCCCCUUCGAGGCCAAGCUCCCCAACCCCGCAAAGACAAAGCCGUACCAGCGGAUAAUCGAGACGCGGAAGCAGCAGCAGCAGCAGCAGCAGCAGCAGCAAAGACGGCAUCCCCAAGAGAGCAACGACAACGACAUCGCCAUCGUCAUCGCCACCGCGGCCUCCGCCCCCUCCCCAUCCUCCACCUGCUCCACCUCCUCUCCCGCCACCCCACUCCUCCCCACCGAUGCCCUCCUCCCCAGCAUCCCCGAAGCCCCCGAGCUCCACCCCUCCCCCUCCCCACCGCAACCGCAACCGCAACCGCGCUCCCCCUCCCCCAUCCAACCACAACCACAACCCCCAUCCCCCUCUCCCUCCACCCCUCCACCCCCCUACCAAACCACUCCCCCCUCCCCACUCCCGCGCACCCGCCCAAACAGCGGUGCCCUCCCCUACUGGCGCGACGCCGAGUCGCAGCGCGCGUGGCAGGCCGAGCUGGCCUUCAAGCUGGUGCACACCAAGCACGCGCAGCUGGACGAGGAGCAGGGGCCGCUGGGCCGGGGCGCGCGCCGCCUCGUGUGCGCCAAGGAGGUGGAGCUGUGGUGGUGGAAGCGGGAGUUUGCCAAGCUUUUUGAGAAGGAGCGGAGGAAGAGGGAGGGGGGGCAAUGA